AUGUAUCUCAGCAUGGUCUUGGCCCAGGCCACGCGGAUCAUCACGCCAGCAGAACAAUACAUCAGGAGGUUGUGCUUCAUCAUGCUGUGGGUUAGCGGGCGGUGCAUGCCAGUGUACGGGCUCAUUAUGGAAGAACUCCUCAUGCAGAAGAUCGUCAAAUUCCGAGUGGUUAUCCACCAUCACAUCAGCAAGGGGCCGCUCGCCACACUGCGGCUCAUCAUGUUGAGGUCCAGCGGGCAGUGCGUGCGAUUGGACGGGCUCGUCCUGAAGAAGCCCUUCAUGUAUAGUAUCAUCAAUGACUGCCUGCCCCCAGGAUUCUCCAUCUACCAUCGCGUAAACCUCAGGCGCGCUGUGACCAGCAGCACGGGCGUGCCACAGCGCCGCCGACAAUGA